AGCUCGUUCUUCCGCAGGAAAUUCAUGUAGUCGUAGCAUCGCUAGCAUUCAGUGACAAGCUUCCUCAUUUAACCUCUUCAAUAAGUUGACAGCAUAUGGUCACUGGAAAUAAUAUUUAGGCUUUAGCUUAACUGUUUCUCUCUGAGAGGGAAGGCAGUGAGAUAUCCAGGAUGGAUAAAGCUCUGCUCAGAGAGCGAGAGCUCUUUAAAAAGAGAGCUCUGUCCACUCCUGUAGUUGAGAAGAGACCGGCAACCUCUGAGGCCUCUGGAUCCUCCAAGAAGAAAAAGAGCAAACCGGACAAAGAGAGCUCGUCAUCCUCCAAAAACAACACAGAUCCCAGCAAUGGCUCCUUCAAUCUCAAAGCACUUUCUGGGAGUUCAGGAUACAAAUUUGGAGUUUUGGCCCGCAUCGUCAACUAUAUGAAGACCAGGCACCAGAGAGGUGAUACUCAUCAUCUGACUCUGGAUGAAAUUCUGGAUGAGACCAAGCUGCUGGACAUCGGCAUGAAGCAGAAACAAUGGCUCAUGAGCGAGGCAUUAGCAAGUAAUCCUAAAAUUGAUGUGCGGGAAGGGAAAUAUGCCUUUAAACCCAAAUAUCAUCUGAAGGAUAAGAAAGCUCUGCUAAGACUACUGGACAAACACGAUCAGCUGGGACUAGGAGGAGUGUUACUAGAUGAUGUUGAAGAGGGUCUGCCAAACUCGGCCAAGGCUAUAAAGGCACUUGGGGAUCAGAUCAUAUUUGUGACCAGGCCAGACAAGAAGAAGGUUCUUUUCUACAAUGACAAACACUGUCAGUUUAUUGUUGAUGAAGAGUUUCAGAAGCUGUGGCGCAGCGUUCCUGUUGAUUCCAUAGAUGAGGAAAAGAUCGAAGAGUACCUGAAGAAACAGGGCAUAUCGUCCAUGCAGGAGACGGGACCAAAGAAAAUCGCACCCAUUCAGAAGAGGAAGAAACCUGGAACACAGAAAAAGAGACGGUUUAAGACUCAUAAUGAUCAUCUGAAUGGCGUUCUGGAGGACUACUCUGAGGGAGUUCCCUCCAAGAAGUGACACACACACACACACACACGCAGCUUUAAAGGCUCAAAGUGACAAGACUGAUAUCUGUGUGAUGUUUGUAUAUCUGAUCUAAUGUCUUAUUGCCAAAACCAUAAAGACAUGCAGACACACACACACACACACACACACACACACCUUAAAACUGUACUGAGUGACACGAAUGUGAACGGAUUGUAAAUAUUUCCUUCCACUGUUAUGUUUUACUUUUUGCUAGUUCUUUAACAAUGGACAACUAAGCUCUUCUUUUUUUAGAUUUAAAGAUUAAACAAGAGCAAUCAAACCACA